AUGUUGAGGAUUGUAUUUUUGUGGUCGAUUUUCUUAGGGACCGCAGCAUCGCUACAUCUGGCCGUCGGUGGCCGUAACGGCCGCCGACCGGCGUUCGCCUGCCACUCACUGCAAAGUGGGCAUGCGCGUACUCGUUCCGUCCCCAUUUUCGCGGAAUCGACGCCGCUGACGCUGUCCCAGGUGGAACAACUGGAGCGGGAGUAUGUGGGCUUCGAGGCCGAGGAGCCGAAGCCGCCCAAGUGCCCGGUGCUGCCCCAGCACCUGAGCAACCGUGUCGUCAAGGGCAUAGUCGACCACGACAUGGAGAUGCUGAUGAAGCGUUCGCUGGACGCCACAGGAAGGCCACAGCACCUCCACCAACUGUGGAAGAUCAAGAAGCACCGCAAGAGGCUGAACCCGGUAUUAUACCGCGUUGGGGAGAAGGUGAAGGGCCGUGUGGCGAUCACGUUUCCCACGUACGCCCUGGUAGACGUGGGUUCCACAUCGUACGGUGUGCUGCACGCUCGUGAUAUGAGCGAGGGCUGGAUCGACCGUGUGGACCACAGCCUCUCCUCGGGCGAAGAUAUAAUAGUCACCGUGAAGUCGAUAGACGAGGACGCGCGAUUCAUCCGCCUUACCUUGCUUGACCUGCCGAAACUGGAGGGUCCGACCGGCGAACCCAUAGAGCGGAGACCGCUGCACUCGUUUAGAGUGGAAGAGGCCGUCAGUGGCGUCAUACGCCGCAGGUCUCCAUUGGGCUACUACGUGGAUGUAGGCGCCACCGUUGACGGGUUUCUGCACAUAAACGACCGCAAGCUGCCCAGGAAGUAUACCGGUGUUGCGCGGCAGCCGUUCCGCAUAGGCACCCGAAUCCCUACCCUCUACGUCAAAUGCGUCGACCUGGUUAAGAAUCGCAUACAGCUGAGCGAGAACUCCCUCGCCGAGGAGCUGGAGAAGCGCUGUCUGACGGGUCAGGAGACUCCGGAGCAGCAGGCAGUGUACCACCCCGGUAAUCGGCUGUCGAUGCUGCAGAGCCUACAGGCCAACGACCUGGAGAAGAUGCGGAUGAUCGGCGGCUAUGACGACCUGCUGCAGGAAGUCGGGGCGGGCCGAAAUGCGUCAAAGGAGUACGUGAUGUAUCUGCAGAACCGCAAAAAAGUAGAACAACUGCAACAGCUGAAGGACACCGUGCUGGACGACGCCGAUAACAUGGACGAUGUCCAACUGAGGCGCGCCACAAAGGAAUACAACAGACUCUCAAUGGAGAUAGCCGAACUCAACCAAGAAUCGAACGAGCCCCCGCCCUUCCGCCGCACGGUGUACAAGUAUGGCGAUCCUGGCGUAUGGGAGAGCCGCGUGUACACGCCCUUCGAUGAAAAGAACCCGCGCGACUACUUCCAAAAGGUCACAGAGGAGGUGACGACGGCACUGCGAGAUGUUCAGGGAGAGAACUUCGACUUCAAAGGCGCAAUGGCCGACGACCUCCAUAGCGCUGAGCGCCGUGGCGAGAUUGUAGAGCACCUGUGGGACAUGUUCCACGCCCCUCCCAGCGACAAGAGCCAAAUUGAGGACACCGAACCGCGUCACGCGACGCUGGAGGAUAUUGAAGAUCUGUUGCCAGAAUCGGAAAUAGCUGACGAGACGCAAUCAGCUUGGGAAGACGGCCCGGAUGCGGACGAAGUAGUCGCCAAGCUAGAGUCGUACGACCACCCCGAAGCUAAGGAACUCGCAGAAAUGAUACGCAGCGCUUCAGGAUUCGAUCCUUUCGCGCACUCGAAUAGGCUUAUAGAUGACGACGAGUCAGCUAUUCUGGGUGCAUGUGCAAUGGCGAAUGAUGACGUGACUACGUGGCAAUCACGCCUGGAUAGGAUGUAUGAGGAGGCCGGAAUAGACCCCAUGGACGUGGCGGCGGCCACGCUUGCCGGCAAAACCUCUGGUAAGCUCAAGAAAGGCAGCUCUUCUGAGGAGCACGACAUUUUGAUGCAACCGUUUGCACGGGGCGACGGUUCUAUCUCUGCUGUGCACAAUGUGGAUGAGUACGUGGACUCAACGCAAGGGGUCAAAAGCGAAAUAAAUUUUUUGGCCCCCCAAGUAGAGGGCGACGACGAUACGGAUUAUGUCGAGAAUUCAGAAUCGUCUGACUCCGAGAGCACCGUAUAUGAUGCAGCCGAAUCACACAACUCGGGCCACGACAAUGCGGAGCCCGAGGACGCUGAGCGCCGUUCACGGUAUACAGAGAACCAUGACGUAUAUGAUAAAACUGCUGCCGAUUCACGUGACUCUGAGCGCGUUACCGAUGAAGACGAUUCAUCCUUCUACAGCGAUUUAGACAACUCGUACGACACAUCAAGCGGCGAAUACAGCGAUGACUAUGACGAUGACGAAGAAAGUGGCGCGGACGAUGCGUCCGACAUUGAGGAUUUCAAGGAUGUUGCGAGCAGCAUUUUCGGAUCAGAGGAGCCAUACAAACCGGCUACAACUGCGCCCAAAUCGAGGUUGUCACAGAGCCACAAUCUGGGCAACACUAGGCGUGACAUGCCGACUGCGGAACAUCGUACAGCAACGCCUGCAACCGACGAGGCUACCGCUGUGUCAACUACUUUGCCAAAGGGGCCUCUGGAGCCCGUGGAAAAGUACUACGAACCGCCCACGAUAACGGACGACAUCCAGAGUAUCUUCAACGAAGUCAGGGCGCUGACAGCAGAUGCAACGAAUGAGGACACGCCGGCCGAGUCUGCUGCUUACCCCAGCAAAUUCGAAAAUCGGGACAACAAAAAAAUCAACCACCAGCUAUAUAUACAGAGGAAUCGUCACUUAGACCCGGUUACUCGUCUCUACGUGAUGAGCAAGGUGCCUCCCCGACCGCUACCACCAAAACCUGAAGACGAAGUAGAAGAUGAAUCAGACUCACGUACGGACAGUCAUGGACGUUCCCCUUCAACUGACCGUCGUGCAGAGGAAGGGUUCCUGCGCAGCAGCAAUUAUGGAGAUGACGUUGGCGACGCGGGUACACGAGGCUACGUGGACCAUCAGGACGACUUCAGCGACAUCGGUGACUUCGACUCGUCAGACGACGCUGACGACGAGGGCGAAGAGCGUCUGCAGUCGCCAGAAGAGCUCAAAAAAGUGCGUUCGCUAGUGAGGAGCGUGGUGAACUCGGACCAGCGCCGCCGCACCCUGUCGCGCAUUGCGAGGAAGGCGCUGCCGCCCGAGGAAAUGGCGCGUAUGCUACGCUUCGGCAGGAAGCGGCCGAAGCUGACGCCCUACACCUACUUCCCUGAGGGCAUAGGCGCCGCAGGGCUGGGCGAGGACCGCAGGAGCGUGAACCGGCGCAUCCGGGAUGCCAAUCUGAAGCUCACUAAGCUGAAACGCAACAAGCGGUUUUUGAGCAUGCUGCACCGCCUGGACGUGGACCCCGACGAGCUCACUUUCGACAACAUCCAUCAGCUGCUGCCGUUCGAGCUGGUCUCGUCGAGGCCGCCGCCGUUCAGGAAGCUGAUGGGUAUUGGCGAGAGCAACCUGCCGGAUGAAAAGGGGUAA